GACUUCCCGGAGUCCUUCCCUAUCGGCGCUCUUCCGCAAGCAAGCAUCUUCGUAGCAAACACGGUCCACUACCAAAUCAACACCACCGACGCUCCCGACGAAUGGGCAUCGCUCUUCCCCAGAGGCGGCGGGUACGUCCACCUGGGAGAAGAGCAAAGACCAUUCCUGCUCUCGAUGUACCACCAAUUAUACUGCCUGCGACAUCUGAAAGAUACGAUCGCCACGCCUUCCGAGCAGAAGACGGGAUCCCAGCUAGGUCGGGCUCAGCAUUGCUUGAAUUAUAUCAGGCAAGCAAUAUUGUGCGAGCCCAGCUUGAGGUUGGAGCCGGAGAGCGAGAGGAUUAGGGACGCCGGGUUGCCGGCUGGGAUAGACGGACUUGAGUUGGUGCAUAGCCAGUGCAGAGAUUGGACGGUGGCCUUCAAGGCGGUAGAGGAAAACCGCGCAAGAUCACGGCAGGGAACGAAGAGAGAUGUUGUACGAGGUGUUGUAAAAAAAGAACUUUAUGAAUAG